AUGUUCGGCAACCCUCAUCGCCACAGUGCUGCGAGCUCGGUCCGCGCAACAUCGCGCUCGCCACCACUGGUCAAUCCCAAUUUAGCAGUUGCCACCCAACAACAGCAGCAGCAGCAGCAGCAGCACCAAGAACCACAACAAAGCGAGACCGACACCUCGAACCGCACUUCUUUCCAGUCCAACAGACUUUUUCGCCUCACCUCAAACAAUACCAGCACCACCACCACGUCCAAAUACACGGCCUUUUACUCUGCGCAAUCCCAGUUCUCCACCUCCUCAUUCCACACCGCACAGACCGAGCGCCUCUCCCCGCCCUUCAACCCGGACAGCGGCGAAACAAUUCAGAGCACCGAACUUGCCGCAAUGAACUUUGGAAAAAAGCCCAGCCUCGAGCAGCAGCGCGAAAUAGAAGACGCCGACCUGGUGCACGCCAUGGCGCGCCAGUACGUCAUUGACGCCGAGGCCGCCGGGUCGGCCACACCGGGCUCGCACCGCUCGCGCAUGACACUGAAGACCGACCAGGAGAAAUACCCGAUGCCGGAGCCGCACAGCGGGGCGGGCCCGGCGCAGCCAGGCAGCCUGCAGCACCAGAGCAUGGCGAGCCAUCAGGACAGCGAGAUCGGCCUGGGCCAGCUCAGCGACUACCGGUACUAUCCGGGGCAGCCGGCGGGCGAAAAGAACGCGUCGGCGAGCGAGUCGGCAGACCCCGAGGACCGGCGGAUCAUGGACGAGGAGGAGUUUGAGGACGACGCGAACGAGGCGCGCCACUUUGUGCCCACGCGCAUGCGCUACCCGGCGCCAAAGUACGAGAUCCGGACCGAUGCGCAGAUUCCCCUGGGCGCCAUGCUUUUCGUCGCCGGGUUUCUGGUUCUGCCGUUCUGGUGGCUCGGCGUGGUGCUGCCCAGGAAGCAGGACUCGGAGGUGGCGAGGACAUGGCGAAAGUACAAUUCGCUGAUGACGCUCCUGUCGCUGCCGCUGCUGGGUCUGUUUCUGGCUCUGGGCGGAUGGCACGCAACUCACUAA